GGUCCGCAGGAUGUUGUGGAGACAGAUCUGACUCAGGAGGAGGAGGAAGGAGCUGAGAUGAAGAAGUUGACCUUGUUUUUAGUUGACAGGUUGUUUCUGGCAGCAUCACAUGUCAAAGCAGCACCUCAAAAUGCAGAAAGCCCCGAGGAAGAUGGUGUGGAACAAUGUGAUCCUGAUAAGAAGGAACAACUCAGCAUCCGUGACAUAGUUGAUCUCCAAGAGACGGGCUGUACUGUCAGAAUCCAACCUCCUGGAACAGAGAGUUUUGAGCUCCAGGUGUCAGGCCAGAUGUUGGUGGCGGAGCUGCACCAGGUGCUGAUGGAUCACGAGGUCACAUGUCAUCGCACACGUUUCUCUCUGCAGCUGGGAGGCACCACUCUGGAAAACCUCACAGAGCUGCGCUGCAUCGAGGGCCUCCAGGACAGAACACUGAUCAAGCUGGUGGAGGAUUCUUACACAGUGCGUGACGCUCGUCUUCAUCUCCGACAUGUCUGUGAUCUUCUGAGGAGCCUCGACCCUGCGGACGCUUACAACGGUGUGAACGGCAGCUCGCUGUCUUACCUCACCUUUUACACCAGAGGAGACAAGGACAGUGAAAAUGUGGGGAAGAGGAAAGUCUCUGAGAAGGAGACCGUUGACCACAGGCCUCCAGAAUUCAUCCUCCCUGGAUGUAAGGAGCGACCUCUUUCUCCACUGCAGCCCGUCAGAGAGGACUGGAAGCCUGUACAGUGCCUGCGGGUUCUGACAAUGAGCAGCUGGAACCCUCCUCCAGGGAACAGGAAGAUGCAUGGAGACUUAAUGUACCUCAACGCCCUGACAAUGGAGGACAGAGAGCUCAACAUUACAUCCUCUACACGUGGUUUCUACCUCAACCAGUCAACUGCCUUCAACUUCAACCCGAAACCUGCAGCUCCCAAAAUCCUCUGCCACUCUUUGGUUGAGCUGCUGAAUCACGUCAGUCCUGCGUUCAGGAAAAACUUCAGUGCCCUGCAGAAGAGAAGAGUCCAGCAGCACCCUUAUGAGCGUUUCGCAGCACCUUUUCAGGUGUUCACCUGGACGGCCCCUCACGGAGAGCACACCCUCGACUGUGUCAGAGCGGAGGAGACGCACGCCAGCCACAUGGGCCAGGACAAGCACACAGCCGGGCAGAGUCGGGACUGGAACGAGGAGCUGCAGGGAUGCAGGGAACUUCCCAGGAACUCCCUGCAGGAGCGUCUGCACAGAGAGAGGAGCGUGUUUAAGACCAACAGUGACUUUGUUGCCGCCGCAACACAAGGAGCUGUGGCCGUAAUCGAUGGUAACGUCAUGCCGAUUAACCCCGGUGAGGCGCCUCAAAUGCAGAUGUUCAUCUGGAACAACAUCUUCCUCAGCUUAGGGUUUGACAUAUCUGAGCACUACCGACCACUGGGGGGCAACACUGCUGCUCAUGCUGCUGCCACCUGCGACUUGAGAGGAGCUCAGGCAUAUGCAUCUGUCGACACAGAUGGGCUUCACACACUUGGGACGGCUGUGGUGGAUUAUCGUGGCAUCCGUGUCAUCGCUCAGACAAUUGUUCCUGGGAUACUGGAGAAGAGUCAGGAGCAGAGUGUCGUCUAUGGCUCCAAUGACUAUGGAGCCACUGUAUUUACGCACCCAAGGUUUCUGGAGCUUCUGGAUAAAACCAGUAAACCACUGAGAAUCCAGCGUCACCAGGUGCUCAACCACAACAACAUCCCAGUGGAGCUGUGCUCUGGCAUCGAAACCAAGGGCAUCCUGGGUAACGAUGGACGACCUUACAUCUUGGAUCUUCUUCGAAUCUUGCCCCCUGACCUCAACUUCCAGUUCUCAGAGACUGCAAGUGAGAUGAGGGAGAUGGUGGAGACAGAAGAGGAGGUGCCAAAAGAAUGUAAGAGCCUGGGUUACCCACGGCGACAUCGUCACAGCCUGGCCAGCCUGAGACCGGAGCUGAUAGAGGCUUUUGUCCAGCAUAGAUAUGAACUUUAUGUCAAGAUGGUGGCCCAGGGGCUCAGCCAACUGGAGGAACAGGAAAAGGCUACGGAGCAGAGUGAAGAUCUGGCCUGUGAGCCGAGAACUGGAGCUGCAACCACAGCCACUGCUGCCAUGGAAUCUCAGAGAAGAGAUGUGAUGAUCAAAGCUUGUCAGGCUGUCGGAUCAGUGAGUGACACUCGCUUUGACAUCCGCUUCAAUCCUGAUGUUUGCUCUCCAGGUGUACGUUUCUCAUCUGAGUCUGUCGAGGACGUUCAGAGACAGAAGAAGUUGUUAUGGGACGCAGCUGCUUUUCUAUUGUCCAGUCAGAUUCCAGCAGUGCUGAGGGACUGUCUCGACCACACAGCAGUGCCGAUGGAUGGAGGGACCCUGACGUCAGUGCUCCAUCAGCAGGGUGUGAAUGUGCGAUACCUGGGCACCCUACUGGGGGAACUGCACAGGCUGGAGGAGAGAGAGAGACUCAGCCACAUAAAGAGACUUGCUGUCAGUGAAGUCAUCAUCAGAAGUGCAAAACACAUCUUCAGGAUCUUUCUACAGGAUGUGGAACCUGCAGCUUUCUCUGCAGCCGUCAGUCACUUCCUGAACUGCCUCUUGAGCUCCUCAUCCUGCACCCCCGACUCCUGCUCAGACGAGCUGCACUCUCGCCGCAGGUGCCGACGCAGACGGAGCCACGGGAGUCGAGUCGCUUUGUUGACGGACAGCGUGUGGGCGAGGCUGACCCCCAGUGAGCUGUGGAGCAGGAUCAAGACUGAGGCCGGAGAAUAUUUUAACUACACAAUAGAAAGUGACAGUAUAGAUGAAGUGAUAGAAAAGCACGGCCUUCAGAGGAUCUCCCUACUGAGAGAAAUCGCCAUCAAGACGGGCAUCCAGGUGCAGCUGAGGGAGUACGUGUUUGAGUCUCGACACAGGCCGGUGUUUGGUGAGGAAGAUGUCGUCAACAUGUUCCCUGUGGUCAAACAUCUCAAACCCACAGCUACAGAUGCUACGCGCCUUGUGCAACAUGCACAGGUGGCAGUGCAGCAGGGGCUUCUCAGAGACGGCUAUGAGCUGAUAAGCCAGGCCCUGACUCUGUUCAGCAGCGUCUGUGGGGUCCUGCAUGAGGAUGUGUGCGUGUGUCUGCGUCUCCUUGGACGACUCAGCUACAUCUUGGGGGAAUAUGCGGAUGCUCUCAGCCACCAGGAAAAGGCUGUUAUGAGUAGUGAGCGAGUCCAGGGUAUUGACCAUCCGCAGACCAUUCAAGACUAUACUUACCUGGGCCUGUACUGCUUUGCUGGAGGCCAACUCUCCACCUCCUUACAGCUGCUGUAUCGAGCACGGUACCUCACGCUGCUUGUGAGCGGAGAAGACCAUCCUCAGGUCGCACUGCUGGAUAGUAUGCUGGGUCUCGUGCUUCAUGGACUGAUGGAGCAUGAACUUUCCCUGAAGUUCCUACAGAAUGCCUUAAAUUUGACCUCAAAAUACCGCGGCGCCACGUCAGUGAGGCUGGCACACAGUCAUCAUCUGCUCGCUACCGUGUACGAGACCAAAGGAGAGUUUCGAUCAGCUCUGCAACACGAGAGAGAGGCCUAUUCAAUAUAUAAGAGCCAGGUUGGAGAGAACCACGACAGUACGAAGGAAAGCUCAGAAUAUCUGAAGAGCCUCACUCAGCAGGCUGUGGUCCUUCAGAAAGCCAUCAACCAUUUCUACAGUGACACACCCGGUGCCCGUGUUCCACCUCUGAAGUUUUCCAGUCCGAGCCUUCAGGCGAUUAUUCAGCAGCUCAACCUGACGUGUGGAAUCAUUCUCAUCCCCCUCAGUGCAAAAGACGUGGCAGACCUGAGGACGGGGAUGAAGAGAAAGGAUAAGGUUCAAGUGGAAGAGCUGGAAAAUCAGAUGUUAAAGUGGAGGAAAGAUAAAGGACAACAAAACUGAACUAUGUAGCUACAAUAGAACAAUGUGUUUUCUGCCAGACUUCUGAAAAUGGCCGCGGACAAUGAGCAGCAUGGCCGAUGAAAGUCUGAUACAUUGAAAGUGAACAUACUUUGGACAGCCAAGGAACAGACAGGUGCAGUUUGUUCUGCUGUUAAUUGAAAUAAAUGGAAUCCAUGAUUGAAGCUGGGUGGCACUGUGGUGAAGUGGUUUGCACUGCCUCUCAUAGGUUCUAUAGGUUUGAUCCUGAUGGCUAAUUUCUAUGUUGAGUCUGCAUGUUCUCUCUGUGUCUGUGUGAGUAUUCUCCAGGAACUCCAGCUUCCUCCCACAGCUCCAAAACAUGCAGUCUAGCUUAAUUAGACACUAACUUGCCCAAAAGUGUAAAUGGUUGUUAUUUAUAAUUUUGUCAGAAAAAUAGCCUUGACCUUACAUUGUUAUUCUGCUGCCAGAUUUUUACAGUAUGUUUAGUUCAACUUCUACAGAGAAAGAAAAUGUAGCAUCACUGUACUAAAAGGCCAAAGUUAUUAUUAUAUAUUUUUUAAAUGAUGUGCCCUCGUCUCGCAAUCCCCUGUGUGUCCACUGGGUCUCACACUUGUGCCAUGAACACCUCUACCAACAUGACAGAUGAUUUGUUUAUGAUUAUUAAAAUACCCCCUUUUAUCGUUUUGGAUGUGUACUAGCUGACCAUGAUGCUUCACUCUGCUGUCAUUAAUGUCCAUGUCACUGGAGGUAAACAAUAAGCAGAUAAGCCUGUGUA